AUGGCGAAGAACGUGGAGGAAUUGGCGGUGAAGUUUGAACUGAUGAUGAAGCAAUUCUCGGGGUUUCAGAACAUGAUGAAGGAUUCCCUAGAUUCGCUGAACGCCAUGGGUUCAUGGCAGAUCAGCGCCGACAAGACUACAUUUGAGAAAAUUACACAGGGACUAUUGCUCUACAAUGAUGGUUAUGAUGAUACAUAUUUCAUGAAUCGGUUCGUUGCUAGGUUGAAAGAGGAGAUUUGUUUUGUAAUUGCCCUGCAUAGGCCGAAGGAUGUUGACACUGCCAGUGCUUUGGCUUUGAUUCAGGAGGAAGAGCUAGCACAGUCAAGAAUUCGUUCUGGACCAAAGGAAUUUGCUAGAGGGGCUUGGAGAGCAGGUGCUGACAAACCCAGAGGGGGUGAGAUGGAUAAGGGCAAGCAAGAUGUAUAG